AUGCCAACUGAGCCAAUUAUUCACGAUGUUUUUGAACCGACAUCAGGAACAUGGCAGUAUGUCAUUGCUGAUCCGUCUACAUUAACAGCUGUCAUCAUUGACCCCGUCUUGAACUAUGAUCCCGCCACCCAGGACCUGGCCACUUGCGCAGCCGACUCCCUCUUGUCUCUUGUAAAGAAAAAGGGGUAUAAGAUUGACAAGAUUCUUGAAACUCAUGCUCAUGCAGAUCAUUUGACUGCAGCGUCAUAUCUUCAACACCGUCUUGCGCAUCAACAAGAUUACAAGCCACCCAUUUGCAUUGGCAGACGCAUUGAGCAAGUGCAAAGGUUGUUCGGCCAAAGAUACGGUGUGCCAGAAGAAGAAUAUGAAGGCAUUUUUGACAAGCUCUUCCACGACAAUGAAACUUUUGCUAUUGGGAACCUAAAAGCAACAGCCAUGCAUCUUCCGGGACAUACGCCAGAUCAUCUUGGCUAUAUGGUUGGAGAUAAUCUGUUUUGCGGGGAUUCUCUCUUCCAUGUGGAUAUUGGCACUGCACGCUGUGACUUUCCAGGUGGUGAUGCCAAAGAUCUCUUUCAAUCGGGCCGGAGGCUUUUAAGUCUCCCUGACCAUGUCAAGAUCUGGACAGGCCAUGAUUAUCCAUCCGGAGAACGCAAAACUCCAGUCCCUUGGAUGAGUGUCCAAGAUCAUAAGCGGUUGAACAAGCAUCUCAAUGACGGGGUCAGCGAAGAAGAGUUUGUCACUAUGCGGAAAGGGCGGGAUGCACAACUAGCCGCACCUAAACUGCUCCAUCAGUCGUUACAAGUCAACAUUCGAGCAGGGAGACUUCCUUCGCCCACAACGUCUGGCUAUCGAUUGCUUCAUCUCCCGCUGAAGCUCGCAGGGCAAGGGUGGUAA